CUUCCGGUAAACAGUCAACAUGCCUAAGAAGAAGACAGGUCAAAGAAAAAAGGCAGAAAAACAAAAGGAAAGACAAAGAGACAUAAGAAAUGCACAGAAUAGUAGGCCCCUGGUUGAAAGGCCUUGCAAUUUUAUGAUGGAAUGUGACCAAUGCCAGAAAACCCAGAAGAAUCGAGCAUUUUGCUACUUCUGUAGCAGUCUCCAGCGUCUGCCUGUCUGUGGAGCUUGUGGAAAGUCAAAAUGCAUGAUGAAAACUGGUGAUUGUGUGAUCAAACAUCCUGGACAGUAUGUUACCGGACUAGGGAUGGUGGGUGCUAUAUGUGACUUUUGUGAAGCGUGGGUCUGUCAUGGAAAGAAGUGUCUAACCACCCAUGCGUGUAUCUGCCCACUAACAGAUGCUGUGUGUAUGGAGUGUCAACGUAGUGUCCUUGACCAGGGAGGGCGUUUUUUCGAGUGUUCGUUCUGCCACAACUUCCUGUGCGAGGAUGACCAGUUUGAGCACCAGGCCAUGUGUCAACAACUUGACUCUGAUUCUUACAAAUGUGGUUCUUGUAAUAAGCUUGGUCAGUACUCCUGUCUGAGAUGCAAGAUCUGUUUCUGUGAAGACCAUGUGAAGCGGAAAGGGGUCAAGUAUUCCCGGGGUCAGUCGUACCCUUGUCCCAAAUGUGGACAUGAUACACGGGAGACCAAGGAACUCAGCAUGACAGCGCGUCGGUACGACUUUGGUCGCCAGGGUGAUAUGGAAGGUGGGGCGAGAGGCUACACCUAUGACGGAGAGGAGGGAUAUGAUGACUAUAAGCCCUACCAGGCAGAAGAGUACAAGUUUACAGGGUUUGGUGGAGUCAAAUAUGAAGCUGGUGAUGAUGACGAUGAUGAAGAUGAUGAUGACUAUGAGUCAUCAGAUGAUGAAGAGACAGAUGAAGAUGAGGAGGAGGAGGAGGAAGAGGAGAAAGAAGAGGAAAAGAAGAAAGAUGUGGAUGAUUUAAACAAGAAGACUGAAACUCUAGCUGUGAAGGACUAAAAUUAUACGUUAGGAUAUCUGUUGUACCAAUAGGUAAAUGUUGGAUGCUUAGUGACUCUUAUUUAUUUUGAUACCAUUUCAAAUGGUUUAAUGUAAAGGAAAAUAAAAUGUAAUGUUUGUUCGCAACAGAGUGAUCCCAGUCAUUGAAGUUAGACUUUUGGAUUAACAAGCCCCAAGCUCUUACUCUAGUGUUUUGGAAUAAAACAACAAAUAACAAGUCCUGUUACAUGUAUAUUAAAUCCAGAAUUUGAACAAGCCUAGAACACCUCUGUGAUGAAUUAAAGUUAUAUAAACAAUGGUACCUGCUGAUGUCAAUGUCAACAUCAUAGGUGGCAUGCAUCAUAAUUCUUCUUUAUAAUUGCUUUAAGUUUUUAAAAAAUUCCGCUCUUAAGCCUCAGUUUGUUGUUUUAACAAAGAGGCAUAUUGUUAUUGUUGACAAUUGUUGGUGCAUAAUAAUGUUAUAUUAUUUUGUUGAAACUUGAAUUUGCAUUCUAUCAAAAAAGCCUGAUCUUACUCUGAAUAUGUUUGUACAAUGGGCUGUCCAAUUAUUUGGUGAAAAUAAAGGUAUAAUGUAACCUUGGUGUCUUUUGCUGUCACUGCACAUGCCAAAACAAACAUGAGUAUUGAUCAUAACUUAACCACUUAGAUGCUAACAUAGAAUUUUGUUCUAUCGUGGAAUUGUGUUUGUAUGUUCUCUGUAGCUUAUUACUAUCACUCUGGCUUGAAUACAUAUUAUGUGUUGAAUUAUAUACUCAACAAAACUAAUUAUGGGUCACUUAUUAAAAACAUAUUUUUUCA